CAAUGUGAUUAUCAGUGAAGUAAUUGCUCUGUAUGUUUGUGUGUUUGUACUUGCAGUUUCAAUACAUCAGUAUACAAACGAUUCAUCAAGACAAUGCUUAGAUCCAAUUCUGGACCGAAAUCAUUUGCGAGACCUCGGUUCUCAGGAGGUAUGUACACUUCUUUGAAGAUGUCCAAACAAAGGUGUGAGAGACCUUUGUCUCCUGAAGACCUCAACCCUCCCACCAUCUCGAGGGAGCACGGACGAAGGGGUGAGAGACCUUCGUCUAGUGGAGGCACCAACCCUUCUGCCACCAUGAAGGGGCACAGGCAAAGGGGUGAGGGCCCUUUGUCUUGUGCAGAGACCCAGCCCUCUACCACCGGACAGCAAGAACGAAGAGACGUGAGCUCUUUGUUCUUUGUUGGCACCAACCCUUCUACCACCGGGCAACGAAAACAAAGGGAUGUGAGCUCUUUGUUCUUUGUUGGGACCAACCCUUCUACCACCACGAAGGAGCACAGGCAAAAGGGUGAGGGCCCUUUGUCUUGUGCAGAAAACAAGGCCUCAAACACCAGGCAGCAAGUACAAAGGGCUGAGAGCGUUUCCUCUUUUGAUGAAGUCAAGCCUUUUACUCCAAUGCGGAAACAAGCAUGGAGGAGUGAGAGUUCUUUGUCUACAUCUUCCGAAGACGACCAGCCUUCUACCAUGUGGAAGGAGCAAGAAAAAAGGGCUGAGACCCCUUCUUCUUCUGAUGUAGUCGAGCCUUUUGCUCCACUGCGGCAGCAGACAUGGAGUAGUGAGAGCUCUUUGUCUACAUCUUCUGAAGACGACCAGCCUUCUACCAUGUGGAAGGAGCAAGAAAAAAGGGCUGAGACCCCUUCUUCUUCUGAUGUAGUCGAGCCUUUUGCUCCAAUGCGGCAGCAGGCAUGGAGUAGUGAGAGCUCUUUGUCUACAUCUUCUGAAGACGACCAGCCUUCUACCACGAAGAGGCAGCAAGAAAAAAGGGCUGAGGGCCCUUCUUCCUCUUCUGAAGAAGACAAGGCUUCUACUCCAAGGCAGCAGCAGCAUGCAGAGGUGAGACCUUCGUCUUCUUCUGAAGACGACCAGCCAUCUACCACCAAGCAGCAACAACGAAAGGAUGUGUAUUCUUUGUUCCAGGUUGGCACCAACCCUUCUACCACCAAGCUACAAGAACGAAAGGAUGUGUAUUCUUUGUUCCAGGUUGGCACCAACCCUUCUACCACCAAGCAACAAGAACGAAAGGAUGUGUAUUCUUUGUUCCAGGUUGGCACCAACCCUUCUACCACCAAGCUACAAGAACGAAAGGAUGUGUAUUCUUUGUUCCAGGUUGGCACCAACCCUUCUACCACCAAGCUACAAGAACGAAAGGAUGUGUAUUCUUUGUUCCAGGUUGGCACCAACCCUUCUACCACCAAGCUACAAGAACGAAAGGAUGUGUAUUCUUUGUUCCAGGUUGGCACCAACCCUUCUACCACCAAGCUACAAGAACGAAAGGAUGUGUAUUCUUUGUUCUACGUUGGCACCAACCCUUCGACCACCACGAAGGAACACAGACAAAGUGCUGAGAGUUCUUUGUCUUCCUCUGAAGUAGACAACCAGCCUUCUACCAUGAGCAGGCAGCCAGAAAAAAGGGCUGAGAGCCCUUUGUCUUCCCUUUCUGAAGACGAGCCUUCUUCCACGAGGAGGCAGGAAGAAAAAAGGGCUGAGAGCCCUUCAUCUUCUGAAGAAGACGAGCCUUCUACUCCAAGGCGGCAGCAGGCGUGGAGGGGUGAGAACUCUUCGUCUUCUGAAGACGACGAGCCUUCUACAACCAUGAAGGAGCACAGACAAAGGGGUGAAAGCCCUUUGUCUUGUGCAGAAAACCAUCCCUCUACCACUGGACCGCAAGCACGAAAGAGUUUGAGCUCUUCCUCUUCUGAAGAAGACGAGCCUUCCACCACAGGGGGGCAGCAACAACAAAGUCCUGUGUCCUUCAUAGAGAUCAACCUUUCCACCACCUCGAGGCAGGAUGGACAAAGUGAUGGCAGCCUUUCCUCUACAUUUCCAUCUUAUGAAGACGACGAGUCGGCUGAUAGCUUUUUAUCCAUCCAUCUGAGUGCAAGGGAGAACUUAAGGGAUGCAAGACAAAAUGAGGAAACAGAAAGAGUAAAAAGAGAACGAGAGAAGUAUGAAAAGAUGGAGAAAAAGAACCAGAAGGAGGAGAGGAAAACUUUUGGUCUGCUUUCUAGGAUUUACAUUUGGUGGCUAAACUGCAAGAUAGACCGCGUUGCUAGAGAAAUCCAAUCAAUCGUCGUGGAUGAGCGCAACCUCCUGCGUCACGGUCACCUCGGUAAUUCAAAGAAAAUGGCAGAAAAAGAACGACUGCUUGACCGAAGGACGAAGCUGCUUGUCUACAAACGCAGACAAGAAUUUAAGGUGGAGAGGGAAGUGAGGAAGCAAAGACUGAAGAUAAAGAGGAAGGAAGAAAUGGUUUGGAAUAUGGAGAAUAUCUCAGAGUUAUGCGACAACCCAGAAAGGCCAAUGCCAGACAGGUCACCUAAACUCGGACUUACAUUAUAUACCAUUUAAGAGAAAAGGAGAGCGGUCAGAAAAAUAGCACUAAAUAGAAAGAGAUUUGACAAAACUGAAGUAAAGAAAAGUUAAAAUUGAUUUGAUUGAUUAAACAUUAGCAACCACCAUCAAAUAUCCUCCCAACCACUUGAUAACACCCUAGAUUCAAAAAGCAUUGUGCAAAUAACAGUGUCCUAACCUAACGCCACCUGACCCAGUCUAGUUUAUCCUAACCUUGCCUAAUUUAA